AUGGGUGACAAGUCCAAGAAAAAGGCCAAUGAGCUGAAGCUCGACAAUGCGGCCGCCUCUGCUGCCAUAAAUGAGGGCAAGAUCGCGAAAGACAAAAAGAAAAGGUCGAAGAAACCCGACAGCAAGAACACGGCUGUUGAGGCUGAAGUUCCUGUUUCAGUCGAGACCGCCAAGACCACCGAGAACCAGGCCAAUGGAAACGAAAAGAAAUCCAAAAAGGAGAAGGAGCGCAAGCGCAAGCAUGAGGGCGAUGAGACUGUUGCACAGCCCAAGACAGCUGCCGCACAGAAUGAGCAUACUGUAAAGGUCGACGAGGCUGAGCGCCCCCAGAAGAAAGCGAAGGACGAGCAUUCGAGCAAGCGUAGUGAGAAGUCCGACAAGAAGAAAAAGAAUAGCAAGAAGGGCAUCGAUACCAAGACUCAGGCCGACAGCAAGAAGGCCGAGCCGAGCGAGGCUGUCUCUAAGAACGAUGAUGCUUCUGCUUCCAAAGAGAAUGAGAAGGUUGAAGUCAAGACGAAGUCCAAAGACAAAAAGAACAAGAAGGACAAGAAGAGCAAGAGCAAGGAGCAGGCUCAGAACACAGAGGAUGUGGAGAUGGUCGAUGCGAGCGCUGCUCCUCCAGAGCCGGACCAGAUUGCAAAGAAGAAGGAGGAGAGUGAGUCUAAGGAUAAAAAGAAGAAAGACAAAAAGAAGAUCAAAAAAUCCGAUGAGAAAGCGGAUAAGGACAAGACUACCAAAGAGGUGAAAGAGAAGGUUGAGAGGAAGAAAGACGAGAACACGAAGAGCAAGAAGGAUAAGAAGAGUAAGGAGGAAAAGCAGGAGAAAAAUGAGAAGACGAAUGGCAACGAAAAGGAGAAGCCUAAGGAGAAGAAAGAUAAGAAGAGCAAGAAAGAAAAGAAAACGGAGACCAAGGCUAGUAAGGAGGAGUCUAAGGACAAGAAGUCUCAAUCCAAGAAGGCCCAGCCCUCCGAGGCCAUGGAGGAAGCCCCUAAGCCAGAGACCACCGCACCAGCCCUGGCUACUCAGAUUGCCAAUGUGGCUGCGAACUGGAACGUCCAAGGCCUCCUCGGCGGCGCCCAGCGCCAGCUGAAGUUCAUGAGACUCCUAGGCGCGAGCAAGGCUGGUGUCUCUACUGACAAUACCCCCGCUGCUAACAUUUCGCGUCCUCGACUUGACAUGGGCCAGGUCUCGAACGAGCUGGAGAAGCAGUUCAACACGAGCGUCCGGAUGAAGUACGAGACUGGCGGUCAACGCCGUGGCUUGGGUGCUUAG